AUGGAUUUAUCAUUUUCAUCAUUAAAUAAUAAUUUAAUUCCAUUAAAAAUAACAACAGCAAUUACUAGAGCUCAAGCCAAAUUACAACAACAAGCAAUGGCAACACCAUCCAUUACAUUAAUGGAUGAAAAAAUUAAUGAGCUCAUCCCACAAGGGAAAGUAGCGAUUGAUGAAGAACCGAUAAUCAAACCAUCAGAUGAAAAUCCAAACAAAAUCAUCCCAUGUGAUAUGAAUGAUUUAAGAAAACUUCAGGAAGAAGACAAAAAGACUCAAGAAAUAAAAAAGAAUAUUAAGAAUAAAAAGUAUUAUUGUAUCGAAGAUGGAAUAUUAUUUAGAAAACAACAACUACCACUUCCGCCAGUACCAUACGUUCCAGCAGGAAGAAUACGUGCUGAUAUAUUAAAAAUCUAUCAUGAUACACCUGCUAAUGGAGCUCAUUUUGGACGUGACAAAAUAACAAGAAAAAUUCAAGAACGUUAUUAUUGGCCAACAAUGAUAGCAGAUAUUAGAAAUCAUAUCAAUUCAUGUUUACCAUGUACACAAAAUAAUUAUCGUAGUCAAAAAUCACCAGGAAAAUUAAAACCAAUACCACCACCAGAAGGAAUAUGGAAAUUAUUAAGUAUGGAUUUUCAUGAUCCAAUAACUCCAACAUCAAAACAAGGAAACAGAUAUAUUAUAUCUCUAACAGAAGUAUUAUCAAAAUUUGUUAUUACAAAAGCCGUUCGAGAUUGCUCAGCAACAACAGCAGUGAAAUUUCUUAUAAAUGACGUUAUACUAAAAUAUGGAACUCUAACAUGUAUCUUAACUGAUAAUGGUACUCAUUUUACUUCUCAAGUUAUGAACAAAUUAUUUAAAAAUCUUGGAGUUACUCAUUUAUAUUCCACGGUAUAUCAUCCAUGA